GUUUUGCUUUUCUUCUACUUCUUUAUAAAGAGAACAUCUUUUCUGUUCUUUGAAGUACCAUUCAACUAAGGAAUAAAUAACAUAAAGAAGAGGAUGCAGGCAUCCACGCAUUGUCUUGAUAUCAAGGUUGAAAAUGAUUUGCCUCAAAUUUCAACAGUAAUACAAGAUAGUAUCGAGAACGUACCAUCUCUACUGGAUGACCUCGCAACCGACGAGUCUAACUGUUCUUUUACUCCUUGUUACCUCGACAUACAACAAGAAGAUAAUCUUUCCAUUGAUAUUAUUCAGCUUUAUUAUGAACUUUUGCCUAGUAAAGAAAGUCAUGAUAGACGUAUUAAAUUCGUCAAAUUGAUGGAAAAAAUCUUGAACAGUGAAUGGCCAGAGCAUGACAUCAAGGCCAAUGUGUUUGGUUCUUCAGUCAAUGAUUUAGGUACAAGUUCUUCUGAUGUUGAUUUGUGUAUCACAACACCAUGGUCAGGGCUAAGAAAUGUUCGAAUACUUGCCAAAUUAUUUCGAAAAUGUGGUAUGCAACACAUUGUCUGUGUUCCUCGUGCCAAAGUACCUAUUGUUCGCCUAUUUGAUCCAGAAUUACAACUUUCGUGCGAUAUCAAUGUCAACAAUACAAUAGCCCUUCAGAAUACCAAAAUGAUAAAGACAUAUGUUGCAUUAGAUCCCCGUGUAAGACCAUUGAUUAUGAUUAUUAAGCAUUGGACAAAGCAGCGAUCAUUGAAUGAUGCAGCCAAUGGUGGCACAUUAUCAUCGUAUACAUGGACAUGCAUGAUUAUCAACUUUUUACAGCAACGUCAUCCUCCUAUAUUACCAGUGCUUCAUUCAAUAGAGAAUGAAGAUAAAGACGAAAACUACUUUUUUGAUAAUGUAGAUAAGCUGAAAGGAUUUGGCGCAGAGAACCAUGAAAGCCUGGGCGGAUUAUUGUUUGCUUUUUUUCGUCGAUACGCUAUUGAAUUUGAUUAUGAUGAACAAGUGAUCUCUGUCAGACAUGGAAGAUAUCUAUCAAAACAUGAAAAAGGAUGGGACACAGGAAGAAACAAAAUGAGUUUGUGUGUAGAAGAACCUUUUAAUGUGGGACGUAAUUUGGGAAACUCUGCUGAUGUGACAUCCGUGUAUGGUUUGCGGUGUGAAUUCCAAAGAUCGCUAGACCUUUUACUGGCAGGAGAAAGCCUAGAUGCACUUUGCCGUCCUUACCAGUCUCUUUCUUUAGCCCAUACUACUGAAAUACCCUCCAGCAACAAUAACAGUAGUAGUCAUACCGAUGUUCUUUCUUUGACAUUACCCACCGAGAAUCGUAAUUCGCUCUUCUUUUUAUCACAGCCUUAUCCUGAUAGUACGCAUCCUUAUGAUAGACGAAGAAGCAUGGUAGAUGGGAUUUGCUCUUAUCCUUCACCUAUUCAUAUCAGCACAUUGCGCUCAUCCCCUGCUUCCAAAAUGUCACAUUCACCAUCGUUUCAUCCACGUUUUAGUUCACCACAAGCAUUAGAUUCGAUCCUCAAAGUACGCAAUACACGGCAUGGUAGUCACCCAUUACCUCCUGUUCCUUCUACAUUACUCUCUAUGCUGAACAUCAGUGCAAAUCACGGUACAGAUCAAUCUGUAGAUAAGAUUUUAGCACGGUAUCAUAAAAAUCCGCCUUCUUCAAAACUACAGUCGAAACAACAAGCUACAAUAGAAUCAAAACCCGUAAAAAAGACAACGGGAAAUCAUUAUCGACGUACAAAAGGUCAUGCUUCAAAUCACCAUCAUUGUCAUCAGAAACAAAGGCGUCGAUCUAGUGGUAUUGAAUGGCCAAGUAUAUCAAAAAACUCAGCAACACCACCACCACCACCGCCACCAUUGAUGGAGACACCUGUUGUUUGGGUGACGGAUCAACCUCAACGUUCAAGGCGUUGGUCAACCACAAAAACACCUGAUCCACUUACAGUUGUUGAGCCAAAAAAGAAGACAUUGGCAGAGAUUGUUAAAGUGCAUACACCUCCUAUGAUAAAGCAAAAGACGCCACCCGGUUCUCCUAUUCCUAGUACAUCCAGAAACACAAAAACAAAUAGUAAAAGACAGAAAAGUAGCAACAUCAAGUCUGUGAAUAAUAACCAUAGGCAACAAAAAAAGAAAAACACUAAAUCUAGAAACUGAAUGUACAGUCAAACCUAUGGAAAUUGGCGUUUUCACAAAAAUAAUUGUCACUUUCAUAAAAAUGAUUGGCCGAAAGGCAAAAAUAAU